AGAUGACCUAUGACAUUAAACUACCAUAAUUAUAAAUCAGCUCGUUUUAAAAUAGUUACAUUAUGUAAUAAUUUACAAUAACCUCCAAUAUAAACUUCCUUACCUCCCUUCCUUAUAGUAGAGUAACAUACCUACCAAUAAAACUAUUUUACACGAUUAAAACUGGCGCUCUGACGACGCAAUAAUAGGUUAGUUAUGUCUUAUCUCAUGGUAAUACAGGCUAUUUUGUUACAAAAAUGUAUAGUUUGAUGUGCUGUUGACUUAGAAAUGUAGUUAAAUAGAGUUCACGCAAAUAAGAGUAGGCACAUAAUUCGGGUUUCAUCAUGGCUAAAUUAUUUGAAACAGUGCCACAAAAAGUAAUAAGAGAUCCCUAAUUAAUUGCAUCUUUUAUGUCUUUAAUAACGUAGUGAGUGCUACAGGGGCGCAUGUAAGUUUUAUUUGUGAUGAUUAGCUGUUGCCCCAGCGACCGCCCAAAGCGAAGGUUGUAUUUUGACCAACGCUCAGUCCACGUGAAGACACGAAGGUGAAGACCGUUUCAACCAGUCCGUUAUUAUGGUCAAUUAAUUAACGCACUUACAACUUCUGUCAAGUUCUGACUUGACCUCUUCAUUUUUUAGAAUGAUUGAUUACUCUUACGCUUUAGUAUAAAAUUUCCGAGUGAUAAAGUUUUCGUAUUAUCCUCGUGAUAGUUUCAUGGUGAAAGUGCUAUCAAGUUAGUGUGGACUAAACUAGUGAUGCCAUGACUCAGAGCAAUCUGACUACUCCCGACAGGCAGCAUGGAGUGCGUACUGUUUCAGAGGAGAAACUUAUGGUGGCGGUGCGCGUGCGACCGCUGCGCGCUGAUGAAGGUCCCCGCAUCGUGCACGUGGUCAGCGAUAAGAUGUUAGUCCUGGAGGACGAGGCUGACAGCAGGCGAGACGUGCUGCGCCAGCGCCGGCUGAACGAAAAGCACUGCGUGUACGACCGCGUCUUCGGCGAGGAUAGCACCCAAGAGGAGGUCUACGACGCCGUGUGUGCCUCGCUCGUAGGCGGCACAUUGCAAGGGUUCGCUGGCGCCGUGUUCGCCUACGGUGCCACUGGCGCGGGCAAGACCCACACUAUGACCGGCCUCAUGUCCCGCGCCCUCAACCACCUAUUCACCAGCAUAGCUGAAAGUGACAACCCUAAAGCUUAUGAGGUGAAGAUGUCAUACAUAGAAAUCUACAAUGAGAACAUUCGCGAUUUGCUGAACCCGAGUGCGGGUCCUCUGGAGCUGCGGGACGAAGGCGGCAGCGGCGCGCCCGUCGUGGCGGGCCUGAGCGAGGUGCGCGCCACCAGCGCUGCGCACGUCAGCGAGCUGUUGACGAGGGGAGACCGCGCGCGCACCGCCGAGCCCACGCACGCCAACGAACAUUCGUCAAGGGGCCACGCGCUGCUGAGUGUGACGGUGAGCAUCCAGGUGGAGGGCGGCGUGCAGCGCGGGCGGCUGUUCCUGAUCGACCUGGCGGGCUCGGAGCGCGCGGGGCUGCGCGCGCGCCGGCUCGAAGGCGCGCACAUUAACCGCUCGCUGCUGGCGCUGGGAAACUGCAUAAUGGCACUCUCGGGAGGAGCUAGAUACGUAAACUACCGUGACUCGAAGCUGACGCGUUUGCUAAGAGAGGUGUUGGGCGGCCGAUGUCGGACGGCCAUGGUGGCGCACGUCGCGCCGGGCGCCGCGCACAGGGAGACCACUCGCUCGACGUUGCACUACGCGCAGCGUGCUUCUUCUAUUACUAAUAGGGUAGAACGUGAGUUGAUAGAGACUCCAAUGCACAUGUCUCAAUAUCGCACAGUCAUCACCGAGUUGCGAGAAGAGAUCUCUCGGCUCAAGUCUAAGAUGAAAGACGACCGUUCAAGAUCAAAAGAGGAUCUAAUAAGUCAGCACAAAGAAGAAGAGCUCACAAAAGAGCAAAGCGAAGAAAGCGCAGCUCAUCUAAAGAAUUUGCGCGACGCAAUUGUGUCUACUUUCAAGCAGCAGAUGCGCCUGCGGCGACGUCUGAUGGAGCUCGACAGCCAUUUGUUGGGCUUAGCGCUGGACGCUGAAAGACAGCACGCGACUAUUUCUCACUGGGAAGCGAGGUUCAAUAGGCUGUACAAACCGAUUAGCUUGUCUGGAUCAAGAUUAAGCACCCAGCAAAGUUAUAGAGGUGGCACUGGCAUGUCGACAAGCGGCAGCGAGCGCGCCGAGGCCGAGGUGGCCGUGGAGCAGGCGUGGGCGGAGCUGGCGGCCGUGGAGCGCGAGCAGGAGGCGGCGCGCUCCGAGCGCGACCGCGUCGAGCGCCAGCUCGAGCAAGUGCGCUUGCGAGGCGCGCAGCUGGAGCAGGAGCUGCCCGCGCGCAUCAGCAGCGGGCCGGAGCGCGAGGUUCUGGCGCUGGUGUGCCGCGUGCACGAGCUGGAAGCGGACAAGCUGGCGCUGCAGGGCGAGAGGGCUGCGCGCGCGCACGAGCUGAGGCGCCGCGACCUCGCGCUGCAGCGCCGCGACGCGCAGCGACGACUCUCCGACGAGAUCAUCACGCGCCAGCGGCGGGCGCUUGAAGAAAUGAGCAUUGGUAUACCUCCUGAGCUUGGACAAUUAUAUGAGCUGUACCAACAAGAGAUCCACGCCUCUACGUACACAGAGAGUAACGACGUAUACACGCCCACCUACAGGCUUCCGCCUAUCUCAACAAGCCAGGCCAGUGCGGCGACUAUGAAGCGGUACUCGAGCGACGACAGCCUCGUCAUGGUGGCCCCGCGGCCGGGCGACGCGGCCGCGCCUUGAAUCCUUCGACGCAUUCGCAUCGGAACGCGUCAAUAACUAUUCGGAUAUGGUUGACCAUGGAAAGCACCUCAGAAAACAUUAUCUCUAUGUUUCUCUCUAAUAAACGUGCUGUACCUAUGUUGCCAGUGGAUAACUUUCAACAGGUUACUAGUCUUGAAAGUUAUAAAUUAAAGUUUUGUCCUGAUCUUUGUAACAUCCAUCUUUUCCUGAAAAAAGAUGAAUAUUUUUCGCUAAGAUGAUAGAUUUGGAGUGACCAUUGUGGAAUGAAUAUAAUAUGUAGAACUCUUUCAAACCAUUAACAGCAUAAAACCUACUAACUAUAAACUUUUGUUUGCCGAGUGCUCCAUUAUCGAAUGCUUAAAGAAAUGCCUAAUGCCUAAUAACAUAUUUUUCGAAGAUGAUAUUGCAGAUUUUGCAAUGUAUUUAUCAUCAUUUAAUAUUAAUAACAAUUACUGUGGUUUAACUACAUAAUUAAUCGAUUACAACAAAGCUACGAUGCUACGACAUAUCGUAGUCUCGUAGCAAGAAAUAUAACAAGGCCGCAAGGCCGAAUAUUAUUUAUAUAUUAUUUUCGAUUUUGUGUGAAAUUUUCAAAAGACAACCUUAAAAUUUGAUAAAUUGCUGUUUAGAGAUAUUAAAGAAUUCGGUAAAAUAUAAUCGAUAGAAAAGUGGAUGCCUGCUUCUUCCGCUACAAUAAAAGAAGGGUGUUAUUUGUAUGAUGCACUGUCUUAGUUUCAAUAAUAGUGCAAUUAGUUUAGAUUGUGAUGUAGUAGCGAUGGGUGAUCUUAUAAGUAAUCGUUAUCGGCUGUAUGUUUUAUGCGGUCUUAGACGCUACGUUUAACUUAGGUAGAUUAACAUGACCUUUGUUUCUUAUGAAAAAAUUCAAAUACGACAUUACAUAAAUUAUUAAAUAUGUACCUAACUGUUUUAUUCAUCCUGUAAAGAUUAACCGAUACCGAUUACUAGCAAUAAUGCUAUAAUGACUUUAAUAUUCUCUAUUAUUUGUAACGAUCACCCAUCAUUGCUUAGCAGGGAAGUGAAUUUAAUUGUUUCUUAUGAAUAUCAAUAAUAUACAAAGUUGUUUAUUAGUUUUUCUGUGUAAUUUUGUUGUGUUCGUUUAUGAGUAAAUUAAAUGUGAUCCACUUAAAUGUUUUUAUCUGACUGAAAAACCUCUUUAAGAAAAUAUUUAAUAAUCAAGAUCGAUCUUGUUAUUCUAGGUAAAUAUAUAAGAUAAAUAAAAUCUUUGGGUGCUUAACUGUGUGUUACCAAGUUGUUCUUUAUGGUAACAGAGAGUAUUUACUUACUGAAACAGCUGAAUUA